CCUGGAGCACAGCGCCAGUGCUGCUGCUAGUUACAUAGCGGAGGACGACUAGCGGUAGGUAGGAGGGAGGAUGGAGAUGCGGAGGACAAACUAACCACAGAACCGACCUUCUACUCUAGUGUCACCCACUAUAAUAAUGGACAGCGACAGACCAUGAUUGAGAUGUUUCAAGUCACUGAGCUGAAUACCAAAUUGCCUUCUACUACCAAGAGAUAGCCAGUGUGCUGGAUGGAGACCCAGGAGGAAUGACAGAGUCUCCUUCCCCUCGGGUGACGCACCGACAGUUGGAGAAAAUGCACUGGACCGGCGGAUACGUUUUUUUGGUCCUGGCCUCCCUUAUCGCCUCUCACACCGGCUGGGCCUUAUCGGUGGACACGGAUGGAAACCGUACGGAAAGUGGCAACGUGACAGACGGCGGAUUUGUCCCAGUUGUGUUCACAAAAGUGCACCAGAUAAUUGCCCGUGAGGGAACCUGCGCGCUGAUUGAUUGCAAUGUCACCGGAGAGCCGUUCCCCAGUGUUCAGUGGUUCAACUCCCAUGGAGACCGUCUGGACACGGAGAUGAAUGGUGAGAAGUGGUGGCUGCUGGACACUGGUGUCCUCAACAUCACCGGCAUCGAGUUUGCAGACCGCGGAAAGUACACCUGCAUGGCGUCCAACACGCACGGCAGUUCCAACUGCACAGUGACGUUGCGCGUGGUCUUGCAUAACGGCGACAUGGGCGUGUAUUACAUGGUGGUGUGUCUGGUCACCUUCACCAUCAUCAUGGCCCUGAACAUCACACGUCUCUGCAUGAUGAGCAGCCACCUGAAGAAGACGGAGAAAGCCAUCAACGAUUUCUUCCGCACCGAGGGCGCCGAGAAGCUGCAGAAGGCCUUCGAGAUCGCCAAGCGAAUUCCCAUCAUCACCUCGGCGAAGACGCUGGAGCUGGCCAAGGUGACGCAGUUCAAGACCAUGGAGUUUGCGCGGUACAUCGAGGAGCUGGCGCGCAGCAUCCCGCUGCCGCCGCUCAUCAUGAACUGCCGCACUUUCAUGGAGGAGAUCCUGGAGGUGGUGGGGGUGGAGGAGAUGAGGCACACCUUCGUCAGACAAGCGCCCGAGGGGUGCCGCGAGACGGUGAGCAGGGCCAUCGGGGCGAGAGACGUCUUCACCAUCCUGCAGGAGAGGGAGUUAGAGCGAGGGCGGGAGAGGGAGCGCAGUGAAUCCCCCGCCGGCGACUCGGACAACUCCUCAGUUCACGAGCAGCCGCAGCACAUUGCCAUCCAGGUGUCGGUCCACCCACAGCUCGCCAUCACCAACUACUGCAGCAUCGAGGCUCCACCUCAGCCAGAGGCCGCACCCUCCUCGCCGCCACCUUCCUCCCCGCCACCGCUUGAUCCUCUUGACCACGAGGAGCAGCCCGAGGCGGAGGCAGAGCAGGAUGAUGACGACCAGGCUGCGCCCGAACCGACAAAUGAUACCCCUCCCUGCCAGGUGUUUUAUGAGAGCCACGUGUGACGAGACAAACGAACACUGGAGGAGCGACGAGUUAUCCUGCUAUGCAUUUCCACGUGAAGACAAAAAAAAAAAAAGGUCAACAAACAUUUUUAAUUUCACAUUUUGGAGAGAAACAAUCACAUUUUUAUUCAUCUUUUCUGAACGUUGAAACCUUAGUAGGCUGCUCUCCUGAGAAUAAAUCAUAAGGUUUUUAGACACUCUGGACUAUCAUGCUUGAAUGUACACGGGAGGGAUAAUCAAUACUAGUAUUAAUGUAAUAAGCAGCGAAUUGUAAAGGGACAUUUCCUGUGUUGAGAUUUUCAUAGCUCAGACUAUUAUUUAAAGAUUUAGGGUACUUCACUAACGGGGGAAAAUGAUUUUUUCAGUUUUUAGUUUCUUACAGUGCUAGGGUUUUUAAUGACGAACUCCAGAAAUCUGCCUCAAGCUGGUCUUCAUGCCGUUUUCUCAAACCAUGAAAGCUAAGCUUCCUUCAGCCGCUCAAGAAUUCACAUCCAGCUACUGUUACAGCUGAUCCGCUGUUAUUGUACAACGUCCUGCUCACCUAGAGAUGCAUGCUGGACUGAAAAAAAAAAGAGUGUUUGGUCAUCAUUUCAUGAUUGUACGGCCUACUGUAUUUCUACAAAAAAAACUUACAACUACUGUAAGCCAGAUAAAUCUAUGUGUGUACAGUAUAUUUCCUGAUUGGGUCGCACACACACCUCUGGGUAGAGUUUUUGUCUGUUUUUCUUUUAAAUAUUUGUAUUAUUACCCAUUGUGGUGUGAUCUUGUUUCUCAGCUAGUUUAAGCAAUUAAAACAAAAUAAUAAUCUUCUUUCUCCUCAAUAGAGAAGAGUAGCUUCUUUUCCUUCCGCCAUGUGCUGUUUUUUAUUUAAUUCCUGAUCUGAUCUGAGCAUCGUCUUGCUUCUGCAGAGACUUUACAGUACAGUUGCAUUUUCUGCUGCAUGUGAAAGUGGACGGUGGAGCCUAAAAGGACUCUUUUCUUUCUUCCUCUGCUUGGCUAAUAGUCCAGUCUGUGGCGGAGAUGAACUGGAUGCUGUUCUGCUUUUUCUGGUGCUCUUGAGAUGGCUUUUUUUUUUUGUAGUGGAAUAAAAUGGAAGUGCUGUGUAAAAAAAAAAAAAAAAAAACUUAUUUCCAGAGUUUGGUCAGUGGUGGUUAUUAUUUUUUAGUAGUAGCACCCAGAAAUAAAUACUGGUACAUCUA